UACAUGUUCACAAGCAAGGAGGAAUAGCAUUCUAAAUAUUUCGCUAAGAGGAAGUAAAGGCGCCCAGUCCUAUCUGAGAACUCUUGGCCCGCAGUUUCGAGUUGGAGCACUGAAUGCUACUGGAUGAUGUUAUGAUACCUCCAUGAUACCUAGUUGAACUUCGACCAGCUCAUUCUCAACGGUCCAACUGUGUCGAUCUACGCGUAAUAAAGGCGAAGGACUAAAUGUUCGCCAGACAUGACAACAAGACCUUCAAUGACCUUUCUGCUGAACUUAACGAUGAACAAGAUUGGCAGGCCGGCAUCUUGAGGAGACUUAAUCACUACUUGGAUGUCUCCACGUUCGCUUACGAACCAGUAUCGGGACUUCUUGCCAUCGGUACGGCUAGUGGCUUGAUCCAUAUUUAUGGCUCGCCAGGAGUGGAGGCUCGCCUUGAGAUAUCCAACCAUUCGAGGAUAAAGCUACUGCAGUUCUCAUCGUCGACACUGAGGCUCCUUUGCGUAGACGAUCAACAACGUCUCCAUAUCUGGGAUCUGACUGCUUCCAACAAACCAAGAUUACAGAAAAUCACCAACUAUCGUCAAUCCGUGAAUGCCGUAGCUUUGUCCCCCUCUCACACACAUGCGUUUGUUGCCCUUUCCAAUGGAGAAGUGAAGACAUACGAUCUACUGUGUUCCUGGCACUCGCCAUACACCAUCAUCAAUCUUUGGGCUAUGUAUGAGAAGAUAUCUGCUAGCGGAAUGCCUUAUUCGAUGGAACCUGGGUCACAGGUACCAAUUGAAGUGGUGAUACAUCCUCGCGAUUUGAAUUUGUUGUUCAUCGCGUAUGGAGGUGGCGUUGUCCUGUCCGAUCUCACCCAACGAAGCAUGCAGCAUGCAUAUGAAAUGUUGCUACCACCCGGUGCACCUGGUGGCUUGGGCUAUACUAGCUUGGAUCUGAUGACACAUCGACGACCAUCGGUUACUGCUCUGGCUGUGCAUCCCGCAGGUCAUUUCUUUGCUGUAGGCCAUGCCGAUGGUUCCAUCGCAUUCUGGGCUGUUGAGGAUGAAGACAAGCCGUUAAUCGUACGGACCUUGGAUGACAUUGACGUAAACCUUGUUGAUGCGACAAAAUUGGACGAAAUUCUCUCAUCGAAGGAGAAACUUAUUCCAGAGGAGCGAGAACCGAUAUUCAAGCUCGCCUGGAGUGGAUUCUCUAAUUCUUCGGAUCCGCGUGGUGGCGACACAACCCUGACCGUGCUCGGGGGUCUGCGCGGUGAUGAGGCUCCUGGUAUCACUGUCAUCUUAUUUCCUGCCUUCAACCCUUCCGAUGUCACCCCUCCCGACCCGCAAGCCGGUCUUCCUCAACAGAUCAGGACUGCCAUGCAAGAAUCUUUGGAGCCCAAAGAUGCCUAUACGUAUUAUACCAAAGGCGUUCCUCAGGAUUUUCUCUUACUUCCGAAAAACAAUCCUCACUUCUCUGGUACCUUUGACCCGACUGCAAUUUUGAUUCUAUAUGACCACGUCGGAGACAUAAGAGCUACAGAGGCUCAUCAAUUUCCACCUCCAUCGUGUAUACCUAUGCCAUCUCCAGAGCCUCAGGCUGUUGCAACCGCGACGGUGAAGGACGCAGAAGCGGCAGAUGAUGGCGAAGAUCUUUUAUCGCAGGAACUAGCAUCUGCUCUGGCCUCAAUGAAGUUAGAUGACGAUCCGAGACAGUUACAAUUGCCCGCCUCUCUUUGGAAUGGACCUAAUAGUAUACUUGGGGGUACGUUGUAUGCGCUCGAGAAGAGCGUUUAUGAAAUAUUAGUGGAUGCUCGCGAUUUUUUGGACCAAUCGCUGCAUUUACGAGGCGGGGUAGCAUGGGUAGAAGAUAUCCAGGGAGAAAUGAAACUUCUGAAGCUCCAACCAAAUCGCAUUCUUAUAACCUAUCACCGCAACUUGACCAUUCGUUUCCAAGACCUCACCGCCAGGUUAUUGCUCAGUUCUGAUACUUCUCCUCUGACAAACGCAUUCCCGAAUCCGCUUCCCGCUCUGACCAUCAACCUGACUACAAUACUGGCGGACCCGGCUGUCGCUACUCGCGCAACUCCCAAGUUCCUCGAAGAAGCUCGUAUUCAGUCCGUGCAAUUUGCCUCCGAGUCGCGGGAAUGUGGCAUCAUCCUUCAAACCGGCGAAAUUGCACUCUAUCGUCUGGCUCACGGAGAGACACCAACAGGUAUAGCGACUAUGUCAGAAGACAAGGAGCUGGUAUCAUUGCAACAUUUACACCCUCAACCCGGUGAUAAAUUUCACCCAAUAUUCAUGCUCAUGGCUGGCAGGGGCGCAGUUGCUGCCGUUGGUCUAUCUGACAUUGGUUUCCUUGCGGCUUCGUAUGCGGAUGGCUCACUAUUCGUCGUUGACAUGCGUGGUCCAACUAUCAUUCUUCGCGAUAUGUCUGGCACUCGGGCGGGGAAGCAAUCACUUCGUCAUAGACGUGAGGAAGACCCAGUCGUUUCCUUGACAUGGACUGUGACCGGAACAGCUUCAGACCCAACCCCACGGAUACUUCUCCUAAUAAUUCGUUCAUCGGGUACCACGAACAUACAUACCAUCACUCGUUCAUCCACAGGCUCCUGGUCUGUCAAAGAGAACCCGGAGAAAACUGAUGCAGCUUCUCAUCCCCUUCCUGGUGGUUCCUUCGUCAUCGAUGCCAAGGGUAACGGAAUGAAGGCUAGCCGUCAUGCGCUCGCCACAGCUUUGGCGCCACCCUCUGAUCCAUCUCAGGUCAAACGGGGUAUCUGGAUUAAUGCUGGAGCAAGAGGCGUGCGAUGUACCGCAGACAUCACCGGUGAGAAAUUAGGCAGGGCUGAAUGGGGGAGUAAAAUUGGAAAGGUGGAACAAGUGGAGGUGGUGCAUAAGAACUCUGCAACGGUAUUGGUCGCGUACACGGACCGAAGGCAAGCUGUGGUAUAUUCAUUGCCCUUCUUGGAACAUCUGCAUACGGUGCAGAUGGAGCAAUCGUCCACAGAACCGUUGUCGGCGGACGGGACAGGAGACUACAUCGAAUGGGUCCGACAUAACCCAUCCGGUCUUAUUCGUUUGGCCAACUAUGGAACACUUUUCGAUAUUCGACGUUCAGAACCAUAUGCUACACCCGAUGUCCUUUUCGCAGACGAAACCCGCGUCGUACCGCCACAACCACAACCGGUGUCAGUUGGGCCAACAUCGCUGUUGAGCUCCUGGAUUGGAUCCAUCACCAGUCAAGCGAUGACGGGAGAACAAAUUGAUACCUUGUUGGCUGGACCCGAUAGACCUAUGCCUCAGCAUUUUGAACGAUCUAAACCUCAUGCUCAAGAAUUCCCAUUGAGUGCGGGGACCUCUGUCGGUGCAUCUUCGAUCGGAACUAUCAAUGCCCGCGAGAUCGCAAAUUCUGCUUCUACGGCUGCCAAUGAUCUGUACAAUCGACUCGGUUCUGCCUUGUCCGAGAGAGGUGAGAUGCUUGGCCAAUUACAGGAGUCCUUCGACUCGUUGGAACAAGGCAGCAGAAAGAUGUUGGUCCAGUCGAAAACCCUCGCAGCUAAGCAAACGGCAAAAGGCUGGUUCGGAUUCUGAUUCAAAAUUGACUGCUCAUGCGCAUUCAAUCUAUUCUGGCUCGUCUGCACAUGGUUCUGUAUUAUACCAUGAUGCGUCAUACAUCUGUCACAAUUAACAAUCACGACCAUCAGUUCUUUCCCGGAUCUGAACUGACAAACAUCGACGUGAUUCCAGCCGUGAGUUUCUUCCUGUUCUCAUUAAGCAUGCCAAAGAAACCAUCGCUACGAUCAGUCUCGCGCUUGUGGUCCCAUUCCUCUGUGUGACGAAUGACUUGGUGGGAAUCAUUCGUUUCCACAGUAAGGAGCGAAUUGACGGUCUGAAUGAUGACGCAUAUUAGCCAAAUGGCACGCUCGAUGGUAAGCACCGUGUAUACCCACCUUGGUGGGAGAAGCAGCCUUAGGGUCCCGGAAGUAAGCAACAUCCUGGUCGAUGAGGAUCGUACUCUUGGGAACCGAAGCUGGGUUCUCGAGGAGGCGGAACCGGGGAAGAUCCGCGCGUGGAAACAACUGAACAUUCUCGUAAGCCAAACAAUAAUACGCUCAUCGAACUGACGUUUUGUCCUCACCUUGGCUAAACCAUUGAACUGUGCUUUGAUAGACUCUACGCCUUCGGCGAUCCCAAUAGGGUCGUGGAAUGUAGCGGUCUUGGCAUAUAUGCUGUAUGCAUUCUGAAGCGGUACAGCACAAAAAUUAUCAAAUGGUCCAGCACAUGGGCUUAACAUGAUAUCAUACCUCCGAAGGACUUGAAGUGUACAGCUAAUGAUAUGUCAGUAUAGCAUAUAGUCACAACAUGAAGGUGUGGAAAACCUGUUUAAUACCACUCAGGAUAGCCUCUUCGUGGGCCUCAGGCUUUCGCUCCUUCAGGGACUGAGUUUCAGCAGGGGUCAAUCCUGUAGCAUUUUUGGCUUCCUGGUUGUUGGAAGGCAUUGCACGGGUUGACGUUGACGAUAUAUAUCGCAGAGUUACUAUCCGAAACUGAGAG